UAAACCCUAGAAAUUUCCCCUUAUUCUAGGGCUAACACUAGUCGGAGAUAUGGCGAUGGCUUCCGGAGGCGCUGGAGCUGCUGGGAUCGCCGCUGGAGCAGUGAGCAGUAGCAAUGAAGGCGGCAGUGGAGCAUUCAAGCUUCUCAAACCCGGACCAAGACCGCGAGAGCUGACCGGUGCUGUGGAUUUGAUCACGCACUAUGGCCUCCGCGAGCACUACGAGACAUACACGAAGAAAUCCUUCCCAGCGUCAAUUGCCGAGUCCAAGUACCUCCGGGACGUGGUCGGAGACAUGGAAAUUCGCAAAGGCGAUGGGAUGGAGCUUGGGCAAUUGCUCAGACCAUCGCCCAGCGACGGUUUCCCGGUGGACAUCCGUCCUUUUGAUCUGGAGACGCUGAGACGAUGUUUCACGUUUCGAGAAAGUGGGCCAAUUUCUCUGCCAGAAGCCGAUCGAGGGCAACCAACGAUUGGAAAGACGAAAGAUGAGGAGAGAAGGAAGCACAAGAAACACAAGCACAAGGAUAAACACAAGCACAAGGACAAAGACAAAGAGAAGGACAAGGAGAAGCGUAAGGAGAAGCACAGGGACAAAGAUGCAAAGGGAGAGAAUGGCGAAGAAAAAAGGAAGCAUAAGAAGAAGAAGCGACGGCAUGAGGGUGAAGAGGAGGAAGGCGAUGGUCACAAGCACAAAAAGAAGAAGCACAAGAGCUCUCCAAAUCCGGAUGCUGUGGCCGCGGUUCCUUCCGCUACUGCAGCGGCUGCUGCCACUGUAAAAGUACGAUAGGACGAAAUCCCUCCUGGAAGAAUUUGCUGCAAGGAGCGAAUGUAAACUUAUCCGCGAAGGGAAGCGAUUUUCUGCUAAGAAAGCCUGCCAAUUUUGUAAAUCUUGAUUAUUAUUCAUUUUUUGAGGCAAAAAUCUCUCGAAUAUUAUUGAGCUUUG